AUGGCUCUCAAGAAUGGAGCAUCUCUCCACACAAAUUCACCAGCUUUUCCACCUUCUGCAGGAGCAUCUGAACCAAACAAAUCAACUAAAUCAGUUUGUUCUGACAAAUUAAUACGUACCAAGGGAUUACCAGUAGCAUUGGCUAAUGCAGUGACUAAACUGGUCUUACCGACCCCAGGACUACCUUCUAACAAGAUUGGCUUAUGGACUUGCAUGGCACGGAUAACUCUCAUGGCAUUGGAUGCAGUAGUAGGAGCUUGUAAAUUGAAUGAUUUGUUAUUAGAUGCUUGCACAACCGGAAUUGAAAAUAAUCCAGCGGAAAGUACGUUAUCAGUAGAUGUCACUUUAAAGUUGGUAGUAGAAUAUUCAGUCAAGUCGUAA